AUGCCAAGUAGGAGGCGAGCCAAAAAGAAGAAUAAAAGAACUAACAAAUGUACUAAUUAUUAUUGCAAUUCAAGAAUAAAGGUCGACAAAAGUAGAAAAACAAAAACCUGCCAAAAUUGAUUAUUAACCCAAACAUCUAACAAGAGCCUAAAGUAAAACCAAAGAAAAAAAGGAACAUAAAAUCAAAUAAGAAUCCAUUAAGAAUGAAAACGAUUAAUAUAAUAGCAAUGAAUAAUAUCCUCAAUCUUAAAAAGAAAAAGGAAUUCCCGCUUCUUUAACAUUGACUAAUUUACAAGGUAUAUUAACACAUUGUGAUUGAUGAAGAGUGUUCCGAUCAAAUUUCUUAGAUUUCACAGUUAUUUACUCUCUAAAAAAGUGAAGUUCCAAAUAAUAUUUCCAGAUAAUUAAGUAAACCCAAGAUAAUGAGUAUUCGGGCUGCUAAAUUAACUUUCCCUGAAGAUUCUAAAGAAAUUCAAAUGGAUAUUGAAUAAGAAGAAUGUUAAUUCAUUAAUCAGGCCAUGAUACAAACAAGAUGUAAUCUUUUGGGAAUGCCAAAAUAGAAUAAAUAUAAAAAAGAACAUUCACUAACAACAGAAAAUAAUUUCCCAUCUGAACAUUAUGAACAAUCAACACAUAUACAAAUCCCUCAUCCUGAUAAUAUUUAAUAAAAAUUAACUUUGAUGGAGGAAUGUUUUACAUCCUUACUUGAAUGUACAGUUCCUGAUGAAAUUCUUUGUAGAGAUCAAGAAAAGAUUCUUAUAACAAGAUUUAUUGAGGAUGGUAUCAAAAAUAAUGGAUAAAAAUAAGCAUUAUGUAGAUUUAAAUUAUUAAUAGAAUAGAUAUAUCAGGAGUUCCUGGAAUAGGCAAAACAGCUACAGUCUUAGAAGUCAAAAAUAAAUUGUUAUCCAAAAAACUAAACUUUGAGUUCAUUUAUUUUAAUGCCAUGAAUGUAGGAGCUCCUGAAGAUAUUUAUCCAUUCCUCUAUGAAAAAUUCACUAACAAAAAAGAAACCUCCAGAAUCAAAUCUUGCAUCCUUUUAAGUACUUGAUUUUCUUUAUUUUUAAGCUGAACUCUUCAAUAAUCAAUUAGAAACUAUCCAAUAAAAUAAAGUUGUUUUAUUAGAUGAAUGUGAUAAUCUCUAUACAGCAGAUUAAUAAGUUCUAUAUAAUUUGGUUGAUUGGCCUCAAUAACCUUAAGCACAUUUAAUUAUAAUUAUGAUUGCAAAUACUAUGGAUUUUCCUGAAAGACUUAAACCUAAAUUAUAAUCUAGAUUAGGAAAUCAUCGCAUAGUAUUUAGGCCCUACAAUAGUACUUAAAUAGAAAGUAUAUUAUAAUAGAGGAUGAAAACUAAGAAAAUUAAAUAAUUGUUUGCUUCAAAUACUUUAAAUUAUUUGGGCAAAAAAAUUGCUACAAUUUCUACUGAUAUUCGUAAAACUUUAAGUGUUUGUAGAACAGCUAUUGUUUUGGCUAGGGAAUAACUCUUAAAAAAGAGUGUAUUUUCUUAAAUUGAUGUAGAUCACAUCAAACUAGCUUAUGAUAUGAUCUAUAAUAAACCUUAACAUAAUUCUUUGUAACACUUUAAUGAUGAAUUGAAAUUACUAUUAAUAAUGAUUGCCCUUGAAAUUCACAUAAAAGGUUACAAUUAUGCAUAUUUUCAUCAAGUAAUCUAAAGAGUGAAUCAACAAAAAUAAUUGCAUAAAUAAGAUACUUUGAGUUAUUUUUAAAUGAAAUAAGUCUUAAUAAAAUUAUCUUAAUUAAACUUAAUAGAAAUUAAAGAAGAAUAAGUAUUAUUAACAAAAAGUACAUGGUAAUAAAAAAUACAAGUAAAUAAUUUAUUAAUAAUCAUACUAGAAUAGUUUGGAUAAGGAUAGAUUAUUUAAUUUGGAGGAUAUGUUGAUUUAACUUAAAAUAAACAUAGAUGAUAUUAAGAAUGGACUUUCAAAUGAUGAUCUUUUCAAAGAGUUUUCAAAUUUAUUUUGA